UCACUUCCAACACAACUACCUUGCACCUCCCCCGGCUUUCUGAAGUUAGCAAACCUAGCUAACCAGUGGUGGUGGUAGACGAGGAAGUGGAGAUGGCCGAAUUGUCACUUUAUCUCACAAACGUUAACAUAUCUGUGGGGCAAACUAUGGACAAAGAGAAGACUGCCAGUGUGGGGAAGGAUUUUGAGAAUGUAGAGCUUGGUGAUUUGGGCCUGAAAAAGCAAAAGGUUCCACGAAGAACCAUAUACUUUGCCAGUGGGGAGACUAUGGAGGAAUACAGUACAGAUGAAGAAGAGGAAGAGCCUGAGAAGAAGGAAGCAUUGACCACAACCGAUCCCUCAACACUCACAUGGGGCCCAUAUGUGUGGUUCCAAAUGUGGAGAAUGGCUACCUCAACUGUGUCCGUGUGUGAUUAUCUUGGUGAGAGACUGGCUGGACUCUUGGGUAUAACAUCACCGAAGUAUCAGUAUGCCAUUGAUGAGUACUACAGAAUGAGGAAGGAGGACGAGGAGGAAGAAGAAGAAAACCGUCUUGCUGAGGAGGCAGAGAGGAACUUCAACAACCAGGGGAACCAGGAGGGUCAGCCGCCCAGGGUGGAACAGCCGGAGACAAGCCCCUCGUUUGUGAACGUCACGUUUGAGCUGGAGCCAGAGCCUCACUCAGCACCUGAUGCUGUGCAUGUCCCUGCCCCUCUCCCCUCCUAAAGUCUAUGAUUAAACAGAUGUCAGUCUUUUAGUUAAAGAUCCUUUUUUGUUUGGUUUCUUUGCCGUUUGUAGAUUUGUUAACAUUCUGGACGUAAAAUGCAGUUUAGUAAUGAAAGUGUAGUGCGGAGGUAUACUGAAGAUUUAGCUUUCUUACCAGGGAAAUUAUAUUUUAUGUGCAAUGAUCAGUACUGUGAAGAUAUCCCAUAAUGUCCAGUGCUAGGUGAGCACCAACCUGUAGGUAUGUAAUGUAUUUACUGUCUAUUGUUUUUGUUACAAGUUUUCUAUGCAACUAAUGUAAUAUAUUUUUAUGUACGAUGCAUUGUUGAUGCAUGGCAAAGGUUAUUAUAGGUUUGUUUGCAAGUGCUGGCUUUAGGAGAUCAUUUCAAAAGGUACUUUUUGAAAAUUUGGGCUACAAUUCAUUCGUUUGAUUCUCUCAAAAUAGGCUGAAUUGUUUUUUUGAGUGCAGUAUUUGAGCAAACACAACCCCUUACUGUACUAUACACUAUAAGAAUUGCAUGGCCAAAAGUGCUGUUUCCUCUCCAAGGGCACGUUCAUGAUGUUCAAUCACACUGACAAUGCAUUGAGGCCCUUGGAAUACUUAACAGAGCAACUCUACCAUGUUGCCUUUUCUAUGUAGAUCAAUGUUCAUGUGUCAGUUGAAUAUUUGUCAUCGGAUGUUCUGAGGUCAUAUAACCUUAUGGAAUGCUCAUUUCAUGGAUUACGAAGUAUCAGUAGCUAGCCUGUUUGAAGUAGAAUGGUUCCUUUCAUUUACACGGACAAAAUGAUAAUCUGGAUCCUGGCGUGGAUUUGGAAUGUAAGGAUGGAUGAUGCCUUCAAUGUAAUCUGUAUUGUCCCACAUGAUUUAGAAAUUAAGUUUUCCACAUGAAAAGUAUCUUGCUUACUGUUGUAGUAAUUUCACAUAUCUGUAAUUAAGUAAAAAAGUUACUUUUAUUUAUGUUAAUAAAACAUUUUUGUACAUUCAAUAGAAAUACAA